AUGGAGCCCGAAAAUCUCUGUUCUGAUGGAAAUGAUGAAACUGAUGAAGCUAUCGUUGAUGAGCAUCUCACAUGUCCUAUAGUUUUAUACAAUGAGGAAAAUGUCAUGAAUGUAGAGAAUGAAGUUGGCAUAUGUGGUUCACUUGAAGGCUUAAAAAGAAAAACACUUGAUGAGAUGUAUGAAUUGUAUGCUCAACAUAAUCGUGCUCUUGGAUUUAGUAUUCGUAAAUCAACCACAAGGAUGAAUAACAAUCGUAUAGUUGAAAAGUAUUUUGUAUGCUCUUUUCAAGGAACAAGAAAAGCUAAGAAUCUUCAAGGAACAAGAAAAUCUAAGAACCUUGAUAACCAAAGUGAGGUUUCUUCAUCAAAAGGUAAAAGAAAGAACAUUACGCGCACAGGAUGUGAGGCUUCAAUGAGAGUAAGGUUGAAUGAUGAAGAUGUUUAUGAGGUUUUCCCUGAAACAAGACAUAAGUUAUGCCUAUGGCAUCUUCACCAAAAUGCUAUUAGUAGAUUUGGACAAUUAAAGCGCGAUAAGUCAUUUAAGGACGCAUUUAACAAAUGUUUGACGACAGGUUGUGUUAAUGAAAAUGAAUUUGAAAAUUGUUGGAAGUCCAUGGUUUCAAACAAAGAUUUCUUCUCGGCUGGAACAUUGACUUCUCAAAGAAGUGAAAGUACAAAUCAUGCUAUUGGGUUUAAUGCAAAGAAAACUAUAAGUUUGAUACAGUUUUAUAAAAUUUUUAAAGAAACAGUUAAGCGGUGGAGGAGCAAUGCGGAGCAGGAUGAAUUUCAAGCUUCGACAUCAUAUCCAACAUAUAUAUUGCCAAUGACCGGUCUUUUGAAACAUGCUGUUGAGGUAUAUACAAAAGCACUUUUCAAAGAUUUUGAGACUGAAUUUUUGGGAUGCAUUUCAACUAGUUCAAACAUUGUGAUGAUUGACAAUAAUAUGAUGAUUUAUGAUGCAAAAUCUAAUGAUGAUGAGCACUACUACCGCGUAGUGUAUGAUGUUAUCAACAAUCUAAUCAAUAGCUCUUGCAAGAAGUUUGAAGAAUGUGGAUUGUUAUCCUGUCAUUAUUUGAGAGUCCUUCAUAUAAAUUCCAUAGAGCAAAUACCUCAACAUUAUGUGAUGAAAAGGUGGACAAAGUUUGCUAAGAGUGAGAUACGGGAUAGGUCGCAUAUAGAAUCUGGUCGACCUAUUGACUACAUUAAUUGGCGUCAUGAAAUGUCACGCAAAUACUAUGCUCUUGUGUUGAAAUGCCAAGGAAAUGAUGAAGCAAAAAGAAUUCUUGAAGAUGGAUAUAAUAGAGAUUUUGUAGCAAUAAAUGCAUUGAUGUGUUCACGGGAUUCAACAAAACAAGGUGAGGAUGUUAUUGUUUCAAGUUCAUCAAACAUUAUACUAGAUCCCACUCGUUCUACUACAAAGGAGAGAAAACAAAGAAUCAAAGGUCAUUUUGAAAAGAAGAAGAAGAAGAGUAGUGACACAACAAGUUCACAACCAUCCAAAGAAUUUGGAUCAAAGACUCCUAAUUCUCAUUUAUUUUAA